AUGGAUUCUGCAGAAGAUCAUUUCAAGAAAGUCAUUCAUAAUGAUGCAAAUGAGAAUGCUAGUAAUGAUGAUAAGGAUAGUGAGUGUAGCGACAGUGAGAAAAUAGGCUUCAUUCCAACAAAGGAAGAUAAAGAGAGUGGGAGUACAAGUGACAGUGAUGAGGAGGAUGAGACCAGCAAUAAAGCAGAAGCAGCUAUUAUGCAGAUGCUUAAAGAAGGGGAAGAUAAAGAAAAAGAAGCAGAAGACCCAGAUUACAGUAACGCUUACAGUAUCUCGACCACUGAAGAAGUGACACAGCAGGCGUCACAAACUGAAAGCAAGGACUUCAGAGUUCUCCAGCACGAACAUGAUUCCCAAAGCCCUGAAAUAAGAAAACAUCUUGAAUUUCUGAAGAAGUUGAGGCUAUACCUUUGGACAUCCCUAUCAAGAGCUCAGUAUGUCAGUCUGUUAAAAGACUUUGUUGAGUCUGAAUUCUUUGUGAUAGAUGGGGAUUCCUUACUACUUAUGUUUUUAGAUGAGGAAACACAAUAUCUAAACUUCUUCUACCAAAUUGAAUGCUUCCUGCAGGAUUUCACUGAAAAAGGAGCCAAAUACGUCAUUGUCUUCUUCAAGGAUGCAGAACAGAUGUACUUUCCAUAUCCUCAUUUUCUUUUCUUACGUACUGCAUUAAUAGAACACCUGAGGCAUAACACAGGCACCACUGUUCAUACAGAAUUUUCCAAUUGUUUAUCAUCCAAAUGGGAGAUUUUCCUGAAGAAAAGCUAUCCUUACUUCAUCAUCGUAUCUGACGUAGGACUGACCUCUCUCCAAACAGACUAUUUAUCUAUUUUAAUUGCUCAUUCAUUGUCAGAGAAAAUCAACAUUGUGCUUGCUUCAGGACAGGAGUAUGAUAUUCUUCGAGUUUAUGGAUAUCAUGUUCAGAAUGUGUAUAAACACAGAUUAUUUUUUCAAAAGUAUGAACAAGAACUGCGAUAUGCCUGUGAAAACCUAGUCAGGUACAAAGAACCAUUCGUGUGUCUGUAUGAACAUCUCAAGCUGAGCCUGAAAAGCAUACAAAAAGAGGUUCGCCAGACUGUCUGUCUGUUGAAACAACUGUGGCCUGAAGGAUCUGACAUUCGGUGUGUGGUCUGUGUUCUUGCUUGUGCCGUGGGAUUAAAAAUAUACAGCAGCAUGCUGGAAAAUGCAGAUACUUCCAUGGGAGCAAAGACAGAGCAAUCAGCAAGAGGAAGAAGUAAACCCCUAUCUCCAGAAGAAGCAGCUGACCUCUGUAGAAUGCAAUGUCUUACAGUGGCUUUUCUUCUUCAUAUGCCUCUUUCACAGAGAGCUCAGAUUAGGAUCAUGAAAUCCUGCUGGACUAAGCAAGUUUUACCAUUAAUAAAAAUGCAACAGUUGUGUACGCAUUUUGCUCUGACACAGCUAAGUGCUACAAAUGAUUGGAAAUUGGAUUUAACUUACCUGCCUGACUUAAAUGAUGAUUCACUGCUCAUGAAUCUUGCACAUUACUAUGAGGUCGAAUACACUAAAGGAUUAGAGUUCAAAAAGGAAUUGGGGAAAGAAGUGGAGAAUGAAUACCAAUGUUUAUGGGACACUGUAACAAAAUUGGCUGUGAAAUACAAUUUUGGAGAUGCUUUCCCAAUACGAAAGACGUCCCAACUAUUUCUUGAACAGGAACAGACAUUAUUUAGAGACUAUGAAGAAGAAAUACCUAACAUUGGACUAAUCUCAGUGAAAUCUGAUCUUGUUGAAGAUUAUGCUGGAGAUGUUUUGAAAGACCUACCUGUUUUAGAAAGCAAUGAUCCUGCAGUUACUUCACUUAUUAAAUACAAGGAAUUUGAUGAGCUUUGUCACUGGCAUUCUGGCAGACCUUUAACUGAGGAAUAUGAGCGAGUACAGUGCAAUGCUGAUGCAAAAUCCAAAGAUCCAGAAGAAAGAAGACAAAUACAAAAGUUACAGACUUUUCGUCAUUUUUAUGGAAGCACUUUGGAAGACAGCACUUCAAAACUUAUUGUACAUCAAGAGGAUGUGUCAGGGAAUGCUAAUGCUGCUGUCAAAAAGACACAAAAAAAGCAUAAAAGUAAAGCGGAAACAAUUGCAGAGGAAAACAGCAGGCGACUAAAAACUAAAGAAGAAAAGAAAGAACAGGAGCAAUGGAAAGCCUUGUGUGUACCAACUGAAAAGGAAAUAAAAGCAAAUCUGACUGUUGGAAUAAAUAAAUUGGAGAAGUUUCUCAAGACCCUUAAAACUAAAUCUGUGAAGUUCAGCGCAGAAAUGACAGGACUGUCUGCCUGUUUAGAAGUGUGGAAGGAACACUGCAGAGAGAAAG